AAAGUAUCCAGACAUCUGAACCAAAUCUACAGCCUUGCAGCGCAAACAGAGAUGGCUCCAGCACAGCAAGCCAUUGCUACGUAUGUGUCAUUGCACUCCGACACAUACAAGGCAUCCCGAAUCUCGACGCGCAGAUGAAAAAAACUAACCGGCGAUUUCCAGGGUCUACGUACGCAACCUCGAAGAACGCGUCAAGCCGGAGCCGCUCAAAGAGGCGCUGCGCGCAAUAUUUUCCGAGUUUGGCAAUGUCAUUGACAUUGUAGCCAAGACGAACCUCAAGGCCAAGGGUCAGGCCUUCGUCGUCUUCGACAAUCCGGAGUCGGCGUUGGCCGCCAUUGACGAGGUGCAGGGCUUCGAGCUCUUCGACAAGCCGAUGCAGGUUGCUCUGGCUCGCACGCGGAGCGAUGCCACCGUGUUGCAGACUGGGAACGAGGAGGAGUUUGACGCGCACAAGCGCCGGCGCAUGGCGGAGAAAGACAAGAAGAAGGCCCUCGAGACGGCAGAGGAGCAGAAGCGCCUCAAGCACCCCAUGCAGGGAGCACCCGCAGACGGCGGUGCCCGUCCUGCCAAGAAAGUGCGUGGCGCCGGUCUCAAGGCGACUGGAGCUGGCCCUGCUGCUGUCGUUCCCGACGAGUAUCUGCCUCCCAAUCGGAUUCUGUUCGUACAGAAUCUGCCCGCAGACUUUGACAAGGAUGCCCUCACUGCUAUCUUUGGCCGCUUCGAGGGCUUCCGCGAGGUCCGCAUGGUUCCUGGUCGCAGCGGCAUCGCAUUCGUCGAGUACGAAGCCGAGGCUGGAGCUAUCACUGCUAAAGAGAACACGGCUGGGAUGGCCCUGAAUAAUAGCGAGAAGAUCAUGAAAGUCACCUACCAGCGCCAGUAGCGCGGUGGUCACACAAAUCAUCUUCACGAUGCAUAUCCCAUGUGGGACGGAAACGAUGCGAGGAUGAACAGUUUUACGGAUAGCUCAGGUGAGGCGUUUUGGUUCUCUGUGGCCGGGUUACGCUCAGGGAAGAGGUUGAGAUCAGGAAAGAACCAUAGAUACCCAUUGCAGCCCAUGCAAUACACAACAGAAUAACUCCCUACAUGCGCCUAUGCCUAUGAAGCGACAGGUAUAACGAGAAAUUUACAAACCAGACAGCCAAACCGGAGGGUGGCCCUGUCCAUUAGAAGAUGACGUCUUCGUCUUCUUCAGCUGCUAGAAUAUCCGCGGGGCCGGUUUCUUGUGCCUCUGACGCUUGUUUCUCCCGAUC